AUAUUAUCCACCGAUUGAUGGAAGUUGGGGUUCAUUGCACCCCUGCAAUUCCAUAAUAUAAUAUUCAUAGAUAAAUGGAGGUUCGAGUCGGGACACUCAUCAAUUGGAGGAAGUGUCCUCAUCUGGUCCAUCAUGGUCCAUCCCAUUUCCUUCAGAAGAGUCUUCUUGAACCCCUCUCCCUGCCUGAGCACCAACACGUGUUCCAUCACUCCCAUCAUGCAUUCCUGUUGACUGACUACCAAACUGAAAGUUUAGAUCGGGGCAAAAACCUGAAUAAUCUUCCUUCCUUCCUUGUCGCCCAUGACGGGGCCAACUAAAUAAUUAUCUCUAUAUCUCUUUCACUCUCUUGGACUAGUAACGCAAAGACUUUGUCUUCACAAGAAUCUUUUAAAUGUCAACUAUUCUUUAAUUUAUUAACAUGCUUUGCUUUCACUGUUAGUAUUUCUUUAUUUCUUAUAUACAAUUUUUUAUUUGUUGUGCCCUUUCUGGGUUAUUCUCUGCUUGAAAGCUUCCUGGCUCUUUUGGAAAAUCAAGUCGUGGGUUUCUCUUGCCUUUUGGUUCGAUUGGGUGACCAAGCUUUUUUCGCUUUGCUCUUAUACUGGAAGGAACGCCAAUUGUUAAAGAAUUUUUGGUUUUUUUUUUUUUUUUUAAUUUUUUGUUUUAUUUAAAUGAGAAAGAAGAUUAUUCUAUCGCUGUACUGUUAUCCUACAUAGCUGCUCUUGCUUCUGCAUGGGAGAGCCUCGUGGAAAAUACUUUGGAAUGUAUGUCAAAGUCUUGGUUGCGAUAUGCAUGAAUUAAUUUGAGGGGACUGUAGUGGUUAAAGGGCUGAAUUGUGGCUGUUUGCAAAGUUGGGAGUUUUUUCUUGGUGGUCCGGAACUGAAAGAUACUGGAUGUGUUUUGACUUUAAUUUCUUCUCUAAAAAGGGUCUCUGUGGUUUAAGAAUUAGUUUGCGAUCGUUUAGGUUUUAUAGGGUCUCCUGGUAGUUCAAUUUCUUCCCUGUAUACAAGGGAUUGAAACUUUUCUGAUCAUUGUUCUGAUUUCGACUGCAAUAGAUAUAAGAUAAUAUCCUUUUUAAUGGGGACUGAUGCUGCUGAAGUAGCGGAAAAACUGCCAGAUCCUUGUUCCUUUAAGGGGCACUUUUUAAUGUUCACAGAACUCCUGAAAUUGGUUGAUAGAAUAUCAAGAAUAUUUCCAGAAAUAGAAGCGGCUCGCCCUCGAUGCUCAGCAGGAAUACAAUCACUAUGCUUGUUGAACUGUUCAAUUGAGAAGGCCAAGCUACUUCUUCAGUACUGCAGCGAGUCUAGUAAACUUUACCAGGCAGUAAGAGGUGAUGUAAUGGUCUCAAGAUUUCAAAGGUUGAGGAGCUUGUUGGAGCAAAGUUUAGGCCAAAUUCAAACUAUGUGUCCAGUUAUGCUGGCUAUGGAGAUCUCUCAAAUCAUGGAUGAUCUUAGGAGUGCAAAAUUUUCUCUGGACUCAUCUCAGGAAGAGGCUGGUAAGGCUUUGCGAGGAUUGCUCACUUCUACAUCAGAUUCAUUUGAAACCUCUGAAGUUAAAGCUAUUCAAUAUGCAGCUUCAACACUUCAUAUUACAUCCCAAAAUGCUAUCUUGAUAGAGAAACAAUCUAUCGAGAAGCUAAUUGAUAAAGUCAGUGAUAGUGAGGCAACAAAAAAGAAGACUUUAAAAUAUCUUUUGUACCUAUUAAAUAAGUAUGGAAAUUUAGUUUUGGAAGAUCAAUCGGGGAAUACCUGUGUUCAGCAUGAAGGAGCAGUUGCAUCUGAGAACAGAAGAAAGAAUUCUGUGCACAGCGAGUCUGAUGAAGUGGAAUCACAAAUCGGAUAUGGGCAUCGCGAGGCUCAAUUUGGCGUCUUAAGUAGAGCUAUACCCCCCGAGGAAUUUAGAUGUCCAAUAUCUUCAAGAUUGAUGUAUGAUCCAGUUGUCAUUGCAUCUGGACAAACAUUUGAGAGAAUAUGGAUACAGAAGUGGUUUGAUGAGGGUAAUGAUACAUGUCCGAAGACUAAAAUCAAACUGGCCCAUCUGUCAUUAACUCCAAACACGAGCCUGAAGGAUUUAACAUCAAAGUGGUGUACAAGGUAUGGAGUCACUGUUACGGGCCCAACUAUGAAACCAGAAGUCCUUCACACUUGGGAAUCAUCUUCCGUUUCUAGUGUCAGCACUGGCCGUUCUAUGGAUGAUAUACAGCUUCGGUUGGAUCUUAGCAAUUUUUCAUCUGGAUCUUUAGUCACAAGUUUCAUCUCAGAUUCACCAUGCACUAAGAUAGCAGAUUGCUUAAGUUUGACGUCUAUGCAGACAAAAGACGUGCACAAAUUUCCAUCUUGUGCUAAAAUAAAUGAGACAGAUUUGAAAUUUCUCUCUGAACUUGCUGAACUUGAAUGGGAAUCCCAAUGUGAAGUUGUUGAAGAUGUCAAAAGGCAUCUAAAUUACACUGAAGAAAAUUAUUAUUCUCUGUCAUAUGAGAACUUUGUUGAACCACUCGUUAGAUUUAUGAAGGAUGCAUUUGACCGGCAUGAUAUGAUAGCACAAAAGGCUGGAUGUUUGUUGUUGUUUGCAUUUGUGAGCAAAGUCAGAAGUGGGAUCUCAUACCUACGUGAAGAAGCAUUUACUCUCUUGGCAACUUUUCUUAUUUCAGAAGUCACAGAAGAAGCCCUAGAUAUGUUGGAAGUCUUGUCUAACCCACCGUCUUGUAGAGCCAAAAUAUUAGCAUCUGGUGCUUUGACUUCUGUCGUAAAGACGCUCAACUCGCAUAGCAAAGAUUUCCAGGAACGGGUUAUCAAGAUUCUGUACAAUAUGUCCUCAAGCAGUGACAUUUGUCCACACAUUGUAUCUUUGGAAUGCAUCCCAAAAUUGGUUCCUUUCUUUGGUUAUAGUACUCUUGCAGGAAAAUGUGCAUUUAUUUUGAAAAAUCUGUGCAAUGUAGAAGAGGCUAGAAUUUCUAUUGCUGAAACUAGUGGAUGCAUUGCUUCUGUUACUGCACUACUUGAGACUGGCAGUCAUGAGGAUCAAGAAAAUGCAGUGACUGUUCUCCUUUCGCUAUGCUCUCAACGUGUUCAGUAUUGUCAGUGGGUCAUGGAGGGAGGUGUCAUUCCUGCUCUUGUUGAUAUAUCUAUCAAUGGUAAUGAAAAAGGCAGGGUGAGUGCCUUGGAAUUGCUACGGCUCUUAAGAGAUAUCGAGUAUGCUGAAGAUCGGGGUUGCUCUGGAUCUGAUAUUGAUGCCUCUAAAGACACUACAGAUCUCUCUAAAGAAAAGAAAUCAUCUAAGACAUCUGGAUUUUUUGCAAAGAUACCAAUGUUUUCGAAAAAGAAGAAGUGAAAUUUGUGUCUUCAGAUUAUUUUAACCCAGUGGUGCCUCAUAUUAUGUCAAAUGAAAUGUAGUCUGCUUUGUAAAAUUCUCUUUUCUCUUAGCCUUUAGGGAUUUUCUGUUUAUAUGGAAUGGAGCCAUGAUUUCAUCAUGUAUAGUUAGUGGGUGAUUGGUUUUUUGAGAUCUAAUACUAAUUCUCAACCUGUAGCUUUUGUUAGCUUUAAUUCUUAAUUCAUGAUGUAUUUGCUGCCACUUUCUAGAUAAUAGCUUGACAAGAAUGCACA